CAGGUCCGGCGGGCGCGAGUCGGUGGCGGUGGCGGCGGCAGCGGCCUGAGCCCGGCCCAGCCUCGUCCCGCCCGGCUGCCCCGACCCGAACCCUGCCCGCCCGCUCGCCCGGCUCGCCCGGCGCGCCGCGGCCCCGCCCCGGUCCGGCGCCUCCCGAGGGAGCGGCGCCGCCGGCCGAGCGCAGGCCUGGCCAUGACCGACUUCAAAUUGGGCAUCGUGCGGCUCGGCCGGGUGGCUGGGAAGACCAAGUACACCCUGAUAGAUGAGCAGGACAUCCCGCUGGUGGAGGGCUACUCCUUUGAGGCCCGGAUGGAGGUAGACGCAGACGGAAAUGGUGCUAAGAUAUUUGCAUAUGCCUUUGACAAAAAUCGAGGAAGGGGGUCAGGAAGGCUUCUCCACGAGCUGCUCUGGGAGCGGCACAGGGGAGGCAUCGCUCCCGGGUUCCAGGUCGUGCAUCUCAACGCUGUGACCGUGGACAAUCGCCUAGACAACCUGCAGCUGGUGCCGUGGGGCUGGCGGCCCAAAGCCGAAGAGACGUCCAGCAAACAGAGGGAGCAGAGCCUGUACUGGCUGGCGAUCCAGCAGCUGCCCACCGACCCCAUCGAGGAGCAGUUCCCGGUCCUGAACGUGACGCGGUUCUACAACGCGAACGGGGACGUGGUGGAGGAGGAGGAGAGCUCCUGCACCUACUACGAGUGCCACUACCCGCCCUGCACGAUGAUCGAGAAGCAGCUCCGGGAGUUCAACAUCUGCGGGCGCUGCCAGGUGGCCCGGUACUGCGGCUCCCAGUGCCAGCAGAAGGACUGGCCAGCACACAAGAAGCACUGUCGGGAGAAGAGGCGCCCCUUCCAGCAGGAGCUCGAGCCGGAGCGAUGACUGGGUGUGGGCGGCCGCACGGCCCUGCAUGGCGUCCGUCUCCGCGGGCACCUCGGACAUGGUGGUGGCUGAGCCUGGCGGUGCUGAAGAAGCCGGCGCCGGCACUGUGCCCACCGCGGCGCGGCGGAGGCCCCUCGUCACGGCGCCGGCACCACGGCACCCCGUGCUGCGGCACAGCACUGCCCUGGGGGCAUUCUCCGGGGUAGAGACGGACGAGCCGGGGAGGCUCCCGCCAGGAUGCUUCUCAUUAUUUAUAUGUUAAUAUGUUUGUAAACUCAUGUACAGUUUUUUGGGGGGAGGGGCUGGAGGGUUAGAGAGUACGAAUAGAACCAUUUGUUGUAAACUUCAGAC